AUGGCCGCGACGGCGAAGGCAGCUCCGCCGGCUGCAGCCCCAGCAAUUGCAGGGACCGGAUUGGAAUCGGAGGUGUUCGAAGUGGCCGCAGCGACGGCGGCGACGGCGCUGUGGGAAGCGGGUCAAUGGGAUCCUGCCAGCUGGUUGCUCCCGCCAGAAGGACUCCCGAGAAUCCCCGCGGUAGAAGAUUCCCCCAACACGUUUGGACUAGAGGGCGACGAAAUUGAAGGGCUCGACUGGGAAGUCGAGGUUGUCGAAGAGACGGGAGCGGUGAUGCUCGCUGAGCUUGACAGCGGCCCACUUGUGUUCUCCCGGCGCGAGAUUUGGGGACGUGUAGCUGAGAAUUGGUAUGACGUGCCCUUGGGCGUCGGCUGGAGGGGUGGCUCGAGAGAGGUUGAAGGCGAACAUGCCGUCGAUGGUGAACGUGGCGACGUUCGGGAUAUUCGUGCCGAAGAAUAA